CUGCGUAAGGCUGCGGUCCACCGCCAAAUUCAAACUGGAAGAGAAAAAAAGGGAGCAGUAGCAGCUGGAGACAAGGGGACUGACGAUUUUUAGAAGCUUAAUUUGAGUGUCUUUCGUUAUGGAUGGGCUUGGAAAAGCUGUUGUUGGGGUGUGGAGGGCCCACACAGUCCUGGAUGAGUCUGACGGGCCAGAGAGCUCCCCAGAAGUCCCUGAUCGUUUCCGCAAGCUUCGCUCCUCUUCCUCGCUUAACUCUCUGCGAAUGUCUUUGCGCAAGCGGCUCCCUCUGCGCUCCGUUCAGACAAACUCCCUCCCAGAAAAUCCGGCUUCGGAAACCCAGAAGGAGCAGCCGAAACCCAGCGUGGUCCGUAAGCUCACUCGCAGCGCUCGUAACUCUGUCAGCGAAAUGUGUCAGAGGUUUCAAAGAUCCAGGGAGUUUUCACGCGAGGAGUGUUUGGUGGCGACCCCCGGUCGGGAUGGAGAACGCACGGGCGCUCCUGCCUCCCGCACUCCGAGACGUACUCCCGGUCGAGCUGCAACACCGGGACACACUCCGGGCUCCAGAGGGCGGAAGACCCCAGAGGCAUCCGUACGUGGAGUUAAAAGCAGAGGAGGCAGGAGACAGCUGGUGCGGAUGGCUGCGUUACGCAGUCCYUUUGCUUCUCCCAACACACAGAACCAGAGGCUAAAAUUUGACCAGGACUUGGAGUCGGUCUCCAGCGGACUCAGGAAGCUCAAACGUCUGUCCAAGGCUUUUGAUGACCUCAUUGGCCGAGAUGACAGACCCAGUUUAAAGGAACGGCCCGGGGGCACGGUGAUGAGAAAACUGGACCCCAGCGGCAAACUGUGCCGCUCCAACCUCACGCGUCGGGCGUCGCACCUCUCAGACACAGUGGGGGGGUGGGCUCACACAGCUGUGAACACGAUUCGUAAAUCCAACUGAAGUGCACGUAGCAAACYCAGAAACUUCUUUCACCAUCAUGUUUUACUUGUGUUAUUGUGGCGUCACUGUUACAUGUAGUUUUGUCUUGACUCUGAUUGUAGAGCUGUUUUUUCUCUUUUAUGUGUUUAUAUGGUGUGAAUCUUGUGUUUACAUGUUUUAAUUUUGCCAAGCAGGUGGUGAAAAUCCUCUCUUUAGCUACCAAAGGACCUCUGAAAAUUAUGUCUGAACUGUUACACUUAAAUGUUUUAGUUACAUUUUUUAAAGUGCUUUCUAUGAGAUUUUUUUGCAUUAAAGCAAAGGUAGCUGAGUAACUAACACUAAAUGUACUGACAGAGGACAGCUGUAUUGUCCCAUACACACAUGCAAUUAUCUCACUAACAUUUUUAUACUUUUUUAUGAAUGAAAAUUGAUUAAACUAAGAGUACAGUGUAUAGUUUUUAUAAGGACCUUUUUCUAGACAGUACUUAAUCUGUUGGGGGUUUUUUCUAUCAGUUUGUGAUAGCAAUGGUCUGUAGAUGAUUUAUGCACUAAUACUUUACACAUAAAUCAUCUCUUAAUGUGAUGGUGGGGAGUUAAAGGCUCAUUACCAGAUGACAGCAACAAUGAUGAGGUUGUGAAGAAAAUUUUAGUAAGUUCUUAGUGCCACCUCAAACGCCUGUACUUACUUUUUGUGCUAGUGGGUAAAAAGGAAAUACAAAAUAAAUGUGAAAGAAUAAA